GGCCUCUCCCGCAGCUUCAAAGUUUUGAGUGCGCAUGCGCGAAAGUAAGCGAUCUCUUCCCGGCAAAAUGGCGAUGAGUUUAAUAUGUGGCCGCCGGGAGCUUCUGCGCCUCCUACGGCCCCAGCGUUCGUUCCACAGCGUCGCAGGGUCCCUGAAACCGCUGGCCACCGAGCUCCUCAUCGCAGCCCGCCUGGGUAGUGGGCGGCCACACUCUGCUCUUCUCGCCGCCCUAAGUCCUCGCUGCAUCAGUACUUCUGCCACCUUCUUUGCAGAAGCCCAGGUCCAAGCACCCCCUGUGGUUCCUGCUACCCCCGCCCCUCCUGCGGUACCUGAGGUGGCCUCUGGAGGAGCUGCAGAUGUGGCCCAGGGCGCUGCAGAGCAGAGCUUCGCUGAGCUGGGACUUGGGUCCUACACCCCUGUGGGACUCAUCCAGAACCUCUUGGAAUUUAUGCAUGUUGACCUAGGCCUGCCUUGGUGGGGGGCCAUCGCCACGUGUACGGUCCUCGCCCGCUGCCUCGUUUUCCCACUGAUUGUGAAGGGCCAGCGAGAAGCAGCCAAGAUCCACAACCACAUGCCGGUGAUACAGAAGUUUUCCACCCAAAUCAAAGAGGCCAAGUUGGCAGGAGACCAGGCUGAGUUUUACAGGGCCACCAUAGAGAUGACACGUUAUCAGAAAAAGCAUGAUAUUAAACUCUUCAGACCGCUCAUCCUACCUCUCACGCAGGCCCCCAUCUUCAUCUCCUUCUUUAUUGCCUUGAGAGAGAUGGCCAACCUGCCUGUGCCCAGCCUGCAGACAGGUGGGCUCUGGUGGUUCCAAGAUCUCACGGUAUCUGAUCCCAUCUACGUCUUGCCACUGGUAGUCACUGCCACAAUGUGGGGUGUCCUUGAGCUAGGUGCGGAGACGGGCGUGCAGAGCUCUGACCUCCAGCUCAUGAGGAAUAUUAUCAGAGUGAUGCCGCUAGUGGUCUUGCCCGUGACCAUCCACUUCCCCUCGGCAGUGUUCAUGUACUGGCUCUCCUCCAACGUGUUCUCCCUGUGCCAAGUGGCCUGCCUUCGGAUUCCAGCCGUGCGCACAGUGCUUAAAAUCCCCCAGCGUGUCGUACACGACCCUGACAAAUUGCCUCCUCGGGAAGGCUUCUUGAAGAGCUUCAAAACAGGCUGGAAGAACGCUGAACUGGCACAUCAGCUCCGAGAGCGUGAACAGCGAAUGCAGAAACACUUGGACCUGGCUGCCAGAGGUCCCUUACGACAGACUUUUACCCACAACCCUCUGCUACAGCGUGAUCCGAGUCACCCUCCCAACAGCACCAGCAGCAGCCCCAGCAGCAGCAAGCCAAAGUCAAAGCCUUGGAAUGACACUCUCGGCUGACUGCUGUCCUGUGCUCAGUCUGACAAGAACUGCAUCUUCACAGACUCCUGCACACACACUUGAUGCUGUGUCCUCGCCCCAAACCUGGGAACUCCAGGAUUUGGAAGUGUCUGUUUUACAAAUUGUUUCUACCACAGACUGAAGAGACUUCCUCCUGUGUAUAAAAGAGCACUGGAGAGGCAGGCAGCCUUCUCAUCCAGAGCUAGUAAAAGUCUGUCUUGUCUGGGC